AUGGGGGGUAGAGGGGGCUUAACCGCGGAACGAAGCAGGCGCCAUUUUCCGCAGCUCCGACGGCGCUCUGCACAAUCCGCCGAAAAUCACAAUAUAUCCAGCCCAUCCAACCAAACCAACAUAAGCAUCCACACACAGACGUCCACCGGU